AUGAAUUCUAGGAGGCUGAUUUAUGCACUUGGGUGGUUCAAACUGUGUGUGGCAUGUACAUUCAUUCAAGUCUCAUUUGGGAAAGCCUCCAACUUCAGCAAAUGUUGGUUCCCAGCAAUUUACAACUUUGGAGACUCAAAUUCAGACACAGGCGCUGUUUCUGCAGCAUUUACUGGGGUGAAGCCUCCCAAUGGCAUAAGCUUCUUUGGAAGCCUCUCAGGAAGGGCUUCUGAUGGCCGUCUCAUCAUAGAUUAUAUGACUGAAGAGUUGAAGCUGCCAUACCUGAGUGCAUAUUUGGACUCUGUUGGAUCCAAUUACAGGCAUGGUGCAAACUUUGCAGUAGGAGGCUCAUCCAUUCGGCCUGGUGGUUAUAGUGCAUUCCCUCUUGGCCUUCAGGUAGAUCAGUUUCUACAGUUCAAGUCUCGCACCAACAUUCUCUUUAAUCAGCUUUCUGACAACAGGACAGAGCCCCCUUUCAAAAGUAGUCUUCCAAGGCCAGAGGACUUUUCCAGGGCCCUAUACACCUUUGAUAUUGGACAAAACGAUCUUGCCUUUGGUCUUCAGCACACUUCACAGGAACAAGUUAUUAAGUCGAUUCCUGACAUUUUGAGCCAGUUCUUCCAAGCAGUGCAGCAACUAUACUAUGAAGGGGCAAGAGUGUUCUGGAUUCAUAACACUGGUCCAAUUGGAUGCUUGCCCUACAGUUACAUUUAUUAUGAGCCCAAGAAGGGUAACAUAGAUGCAAAUGGCUGUGUGAAACCUCAGAAUGAGCUUGCUCAGGAAUUUAACAGGCAGCUCAAGGACCAAGUGUUUCAGCAGAGGAAAAAGUUCCCACUUGCCAAAUUUACGUAUGUUGAUGUUUACACUGCUAAGUAUGAACUAAUCAGCAAUGCAAGGAACCAAGGUUUUACGAGUCCAUUGGAGUUCUGUUGUGGCAGUUACUAUGUCUACCACAUAAAUUGUGGGAAGAAAGCCAUAGUGAAUGGAACAGUAUAUGGCAAUCCAUGCAAAAAUCCUUCUCAACAUGUUAGUUGGGAUGGCAUACACUACUCUCAAGCAGCAAAUCAAUGGGUUGCUAAGAGAGUUCUCUAUGGCUCCCUCUCUGACCCACCAAUUCCAAUUGGGCAAGCGUGUGUCUGA